GGUGUCACGUGUUUAUCACCCUAAGCAAUGCGGUUUCGCGAGGGAAAGGGUAGGAUCGAAGUUUUCGCCUUUAGUUAAUAUCAACGGAAAUUAAGGAUGGCAACAACUGGUAGAUACGAAUUAGAUUCUAAUCCUGAGAAAAAGGUUAUCCACGUGAGAACUCCUAUUGAGAAACUGAGAUAUCAAUGUCUCCAAAGAGGAGUUAAUGGUAUCAAGACAUUGGGAAGGUAUUCAUUUUUAAUUACUUAUCUUUUACAGCCUCCAAUGUCAGCGGGUCGCAUAAAUUUGAUAAAUCAGGCAUUUAAAAAGAUGGAUCGCACUGGCGAUGGUGUGAUAACUAUUGAAGAUUUGAAGGGUGUCUAUAAUGCACAAAAACAUCCUAAGUACUUAAAUGGAGAAAUGACUGAAGAUCAGGUUUUUCUAAUGUUUUUGAAAAGCUUUGAUUGUCCAAAUAAUCCAGAUGGAAAGGUAACAGAAGAAGAAUUCCUUAAUUACUAUGCAGGCGUUAGUUCCUCUAUUGAUACAGAUGCAUAUUUUGACUUAAUGAUGAGAAAUUCAUGGAAAAUUUAAAAUAAAUUUUACAUUCCGUAUAUCUCCAGUAUUUCCAUCCUCAGAAAAAAUUUUUUAUUGAAUUAAAGCUCUUACUGUUUACACAGCUGUCAAACUUAAGCAUUUAUGGUGAUAUAGUGAUGCCUAUAUAUAAAUUUUAUUAGAUAGCUUGUUGAUGACCUUGUGACAAUAAAAAUGUGCAUAAAUAUAAAAUAUAUAGCAAGUACUGAUAUUCUGAAGUAUCUUUCAAUGUUGAUGUCUAAAGAAAACUGUUCAAAUGCAAAUUUAGGCUUCCAUUGCAAUCAUUGAGCCAUCUCGAUUCACCUGCCAAAUUUUGUAGCAAAUUUAGAUAUUUAGAUUGAUAAAAUUGUUGAAAAUGAUUUGCUAUAAGAAAGAAAAAUAUUUUAAUAUACUAUUUGCUAGAAUUAUGUAACAAUUUAUAUAGAAUAAGCUUAUUACAAACUUCCAUCCAUUAUAAAUUGUCAAUUUUUACAUAAAAUAUUUUCAGGUGUAUUAAUUUGAUCCAGUAAUUAGGGCCAAAUUAAUAUUUAAAAAUAUUUGUGUGCUGUACUUAUUAUUAUUAUUUUUUUUUUUGUAUACAGUUACAAACAGUAUUAUUGUUGAAAAAACUAAAAGAAAGGUACUUAUGGCAUUUUUUUUUUAUUAAUGAAAAGUUUUUGCCUGUAAAACUUUACAGUGAUUUUAUGGUUUUGCAUAUAUGAUUGCAAUGUUACUGUUGUAUUUCUAUUUAAUGUUGUCAUUGUUGCUAAUAUCCCUAUAAGGCUUUUUAUAUAUAUAUAUAUAUAUAUUGAUGGUUCAAAACUUUCUUAUAUUGUUUAUUUUAUAUUUAUAUUUUAAAAUUGUAUACAAAAUAUUUUAAAUCAUUAUCCAUUUUAAUUUAUCUUGUUUCUUUUGUUGCUUCUAAAAAUUUCACUUGUUAAAUUUCACAAAAAAAAAAAAAA